AUGCCUGGGGGACCUCUCUCCCUCACUCUGAGAGACAGCCUGGAGCCUCCACCCACAACAACCUCUCCAGUCAGCAGUCAGGAGGUGAGGCCAGACUAAAGAGACACACCUAUACAGUACCUGCUGAGUCCCAUAUCCUGUUAGAAAAGACAUUUAUCUUCCAUAAUAAGAGGUCAAAAUACACAGACAUCAAUGCACUGUUGUUGUAUUUGUACUGUUAGCCCACACUUGAAUGUUUGCCAGUUUGUGAGGUAUAAAUGUGUGGUUUUGUAGUAUUGAGGGAAAAGUCAUUUUAACUAAAAAAAAACAUGAAAAAGACCAACCUAGUCGCUAAAAUUAAGAAUCAACAGAUAUCCCAGAAGCAGCUGGACGGUUGACCAGCAAUAAUAAAUCCAUAAACCUACUUAAGUAAAAAAGUAAUAAUAAUAAAGUAUUGUAAUAGUUAUCACAGUGUAAUUACCCUGCAAUUACUUACUUAUUUUCCAACUCUAGAAUCACCACUCCCUCCCGGUCGAGACAUCUUCACCUGGUGGUGGAGAACGUGUACUCCAUCGUCUGAGCACAGGGAAGCAGGAGAAGAUCAGCAUCACCUGUCAUCUGGGACAGGCCGAGCUCUGUCUUCUAGGCGAAGUGAUAGAGAAGGAUCUAGGUGAGGUUGUUCCACGGGUGAGGUUGACACGCCUUGACUCAGCUCAGCUGGUGCUGCAGGGCUACGCAAAUGAAGUCCGGACAGCCAGACAGUUGGUUACAGAUAAAAUGUCUCUGGUGCUAGAAAGGGUAGUGCCUGAGGUGUCCCUCAACCUCCUGUCCUUCCUGAGGGAGGAGUAUGGGAGGCCUGGGGCCCUGGGCAACCUUCUGGGGUUGGAAGGCCAGGUGGAGGUAGAGCUGGGGGACACAGAGCUCCGUCUGUUCGCCCUCUCCUCUGGGAAAACUGGACCAGGCUGAGAAGGAUCUGUUGGGGGAGUUUGGGGAGGAGAAGAUCGACUUGCCCAACAGUGCUGCCAUCCCGGCUGAACUGAGGUCCAAGCUUGAGAAGAAGGUGAAGGAGAUGAACCAGAGCAGGUGCAGGGUGGUGGCCAGGUACGGUCCUGGGUGUAGAGUGCAGCUGCUGGGCCACCUGAAGCAGGUUCAGGAGCUGAGGGAGGAGAUCGGGGCCUUUCUCAUAGACCGGUCCAGUGUGAGAGUCGUGAAACACCAUCAACAGAAUCAGGAUGGCGUAGUCAGCGAAGCGGGCAACCGGAUCAAGAGGUGAGGAGACGGUCGCAGCCGCCAGCUAUAGCCUCCGGCUGGGGCUGCAGGUAGUGGUGCGUCAAGGUGACAUCACCAAGGAACGGGCGGACGCGCUGGUGAAUUCAGCCAAUGAGGACCUGGAUCAUGCUGGGGGCGUGGCUGCAGCUCUGAGCUGGGCGGGGGGGCCUGAGGUACAGUGGGCCAGCAGAGAUCUGGUUAGGCAGAUAGGGAGAAUACCCACAGGUACAGUGGUAGAGACUACAUGAGGGAAUCUGCCUUGUAAGAUGCUGUUGCACGCAGUGGGACCAGUAGGUGGCAGCGUAGGUGGGAAUGAGCGCCCUCUGUUGGAGAAGACAGUAAAGACAGCCCUGGAUCUGGCAGAGACCAUGGAGCUCCAGACCCUGGCCAUGCCCUGCAUCAGCUCAGGGAUAUUCGGCGUUCCUCUGAAGGUGUGCUCUGAGGCCAUAGUCUCUGCAGUGAGGGACUUUGGGAGGGAACAGCACAUCCUUACCAAGGUCACUCUGAUUGAUGUGAGUGGAGAGGCAGUGAAAGCCAUGCAGGAGGCCUGUGAUAGGCUGUUACAGGGUAAGAGGGAGUUUUCUGGUUGGGAGGGAGAUUCUAGCACCACCACUACCACUACACAUGCUCCUCAGAGAGACACCACUUCUGCCUCCACCAGGGGAGCAGCGGCUCCAGAGGUCUGUGUCCAGCUGGAGAUCAUCCAGGGAACCAUAGAGAAGCAGCAGGUGAGUGAGAGACACACUGACAUGGCCAUGGCCUUGAUUCAACAACAUUGACUUCAGUUCACUUCAUACUGACUCAAUUUUCUCUUUUUCUUUCUUUCUUUCUUUCUUUCUUUCUUUCUUUCUUUCUUUCUUUCUUUCUUUCUUUCUUUCUUUCUUUCUUUCUUUCUUUCUUUCUUUCUUUCUUUCUUUCUUUCUUUCUUUCUUUCUCUCUCUCUCUCUCUCUCUGAAGGUGGAUGCCCUGGUGUCCCCCAUGGUUGGUAGUGACCCUCUCUCCUCCCGUGUUGGUAAUGUCUUGUCGAAGGCAGCUGGACCGGGGCUGAUGAAAGCAUUUCUGAGGGAAUCAAGGGGACAGACUGCACCUGGUGACAACGUCCUGGUGGAGGGAAUGUCUGGUCUCAGCUCUGGCUGUGUCUUCUUCCUCAGCUGUGCACUAUGGGACAACAACCCCCAAGGACCAGCAGUACAGGUGUGUCCCCUUGUGUGUGUGUUAUGACCUUUGAACCUCCAUUAACCCUUAACCUCUGGUCCCCUCUCAGGCUCUGAGGCAGGGUGUGAGGAAAAUCCUGACCUCUUGUGAGAAACGGGGCCUCCGUUCCAUUGCCUUCCCUGUAGUUGGAACUGGUGUGGUUCUCCAGUUCCCUCACAACCUGGCAGCGCAGGUUCUGCUAGAAGAGAUCCGUAGGUAUGAACAGAAUCGAGCGAGCAGAAGCCCUUUCCUUGUCCGCAUUGUCGUCCAUCCAACUGACAGAGAUUCUACCAAGGUGAGAAGAGACUUUGAAAUAAGGUCUCAAUGCAUUACAAAAAAAAUCCUUUAACUUCAAUAUGUUUCAGCGAAGCCAUUUAAUAAUACUGUCAUACAUCCAUAAUUACAUAUUUUUUUAAAUAAUAACAGUCACAAUCCUUCAUUGCAGUUGUAUUGUUUGUUCUAAUCUACAGGCUUUUCAGACUGCCCAGAAUGCUUUGCAUCUCAGAGGGUUCGUAUUGGGUGCUCGACCAGAGCAAGGUGAGUUACAUUUCACCCCCACCUUUAAAUCAAAUACAUUAUUACUAUAUGAUUGAUCCAUUUCAAGUUAUAAUUAUGAACCGUCCCUAUAGACAUCAGGAUUGUGCUGCUGGGGAAAACCGGAGGAGGUAAAAGCAGUGCUGGAAACACCAUCUUCGGACAAGAUGAUGUGUUUCUCGUAGACAGUUCCUCCACCUCCGCAACACAAAUAUGUGAAGCGCAGACCAAGAACAUCAAAGGAAGAAACAUCACCCUGAUUGACACACCUGGAUUCUUUGACACUGACAUCCCUAAAGAGGAGCUGAAACCUAAAAUAGUCAAAUGUAUAACAGAGUGUGCUCCGGGGCCGCAUGCCUUUCUCAUUGUACUAAAAGUGGAACGGUACACAAUCCACGAAAAAGAAGCUGUAGCGAAAAUCGAGAAAUAUUUUUCACCAGAGGCCUUCAAAUAUGCCACAGUCCUCUUCACUCAUGGUGAACAACUCAAUGGUUUGACCAUUGAGAAGUUUGUCCAACAGAAUGCUGAACUGAACAAGCUUGUGGAGAAAUGUGGAGGCCGCUGUCACGUCAUCGACAACAAAUACUGGAACACCAAUCAGCAGGGUCGGCACAGCAACCAGUACCAAGUAGCAGAGCUACUCAACACCAUAGAGAAGAUGGUGAGAGAGAACGGAGGAGGAUGCUACACCAACGAGAUGCUCCAAGAGGCAGAGAGAUUAAUACAAGCAGAGAUGGAGAGUCUUAGGAAGGAGUUAAAAGGCCAGAUGUCAGAGGAAGAGAUGAGAAAACAGGCUAAAGAAAGAGCGAGAAAGAAGCUCCUGAUCAAAUUAUCAGGGAUUGUAACAGGUGCAGUGGUUAGGAGCUCUACUUGGGGUGUCAAUGCUGAUAAUGCUACCACUCACACUCGCUACACAACCAUUGCUCAAUUUAGUCAAAAGUCAGAUAGCAGCUUCAAUGACAGGGCCAGCAGUCGUGGCGGAGGUAGCAGGACCAGCACUUGCAGCAGAGACAGGGGCGACCAUGGGAGUGGGUUCAGGGAUAGGCAUAGGAGCAGGGAUAGGCAUAGCUGUAGGAGUUGUUGCUGGAACCGCCGCAACAGCAGGAGCGGUAAGAGGAGGGAUAGUAGGAGCUACUGCAGCAGAGGAGGCAGAGACAGUACAGGAGGCAGCAGAGAAAGCAGCUAGUGCUGUCUACAAUGAAGCUAAGGGUCUUUAUGAAAAAGCAGAAAACCUUUUGAUAGGGUACAGUAAGUCUAAGUAG